AUGAUUCUGCUGCCGAACAAGGCUUCUCUCAAACUUCAAUCCGAAUCAACAAUAUUGACAGCUUUUAUUUUCACAUCUUAUUCAAAUACACAAGUUCAUCCAACCUCAAUUACUUUUGCACAAGUACUAGAAAUCAAACUAGUCGACAGCCUUUAUUUGGAAAAAUUCGCCUCGUUUCCUAUAUCAACCAAACCCAAGUCAAUGAACGCCGAUCAAUUAGUUUUUGCCUCAAGCUUGGUACAAAUUGUGAUUUGGUUCACCAGUGUCAUUCAAGUUGGAAGUACCAUAAGGCCAAAAGAAGAUGUUCCCGAGAAUUUUUAUGUGAGACAAAAACUGCCAAGAUCUAAAAGAGUGACAAUGACAAACAGAAAAUAG